UACGGCCGCGCCCAAGCCCGGGAACCGCGGUGGCGCGCCUCCGCCCCGGGAAGGGCGAGGUUCCCGUCCCGACGCGCGGAUUUGUCCCCGGGACAGUGAUCCCGCCGUUCUCGGCAUGCGGCUGCGCUGAGAGCCUGCCCGCCGGCGAACCCCAGGAGCCCGGCGUUCCCUGAGUGUCCUCCCGGCUCUGUGAGAAGGUGGACUUGUAGCCGGGCAGGAUGACCAACCCCGCGGCCACGCAGAACAAGGAAAUAGACUGUCUGAGCCCAGAGGCUCAGAAACUGGCGGAGGCCAGGCUGGCGGCAAAGCGCGCGGCGAGGGCUGAGGCUCGAGAGAUCAGGAUGAAGGAGCUGGAGCGGCAGCAGAAGGAGAUCUAUCAGGUUCAAAAGAAAUACUACGGGCUGGAUACGAAGUGGGGUGACAUCGAGCAAUGGAUGGAAGACAGUGAGCGCUACUCACGCAGAUCCAGAAGGAACACAUCGGCUUCUGAUGAAGAUGAGCGCAUGUCAGUGGGUAGCCGUGGAAGCCUGAGGUCUCAGCCUGACUUGGAGUAUGGGGGACCCUACGCCUGGACAAAUGGUUAUGAUGGAGAACUAUAUGGAUCCCAGUCCCUGAAUAGAAGAUCUGGCGGGAAUUCCAGCUCCAGCGGUGACGGCAGAUUCUCUACUUUGUCAUCAUCCAGAGAGGAGACGUUGGGACUCUUCUGCUCCGACCUCGGGCUCUCCCGUCGUGGCUUUGCUCCCAAACCCCUGUCUGCCCAGAAUGGAAACCGGCCCUUGUAUCCGUACAGCGCAGCCGGGCCGGCUGGGAGUUACCGGGCGUCUGUGUUCCCUGAGAGCAGUCUCGGAGGGGCUCGGCGGGGCAGUGCCUGCGGUUCCCACACUCCCUCCGAGCCCAGCGGCCACCUCAAGUCCAGCUCCCGCUCCUCCUCCAGAGCCAGCUCGGCGCGAGCCAGCCCAGUGGUUGAAGAGAGACCAGAGAAGGAUUUCACUGAAAAGGGGUCUCGUAGCCUGCCCGGCCUGUCUGCAGCCACACUGGCCUCCCUGGGUGGGACUUCCUCUCGGAGGGGCAGCGGGGACACUUCCAUCUCCCUUGACACUGAAGCGUCCAUUAGGGAACUCAAGGAACUCAAUGAGUUAAAGGACCAGAUUCAGGAUGUAGAAGGCAAAUACAUGCAGGGAUUGAAAGAGAUGAAGGACUCACUAGCAGAAGUUGAAGAGAAAUACAAGAAGGCUAUGGUUUCCAACGCUCAGCUGGACAACGAGAAGACAAACUUCAUGUACCAGGUCGACACCCUGAAGGACACGCUCCUGGAGCUGGAGGAGCAGCUGGCUGAGUCCAGGCGGCAGUACGAGGAGAAGAACAAAGAGUUUGAAAGGGAAAAGCAUGCCCACAGUGUCCUCCAGUUUCAGUUUGCUGAAGUGAAGGAGGCCCUGAAGCAAAGGGAAGAGAUGCUUGAGGAAAUCCGACAGCUACAGCAGAAACAGGAGAGUUAUAGCAGGGAGAUUUCUGAUCUUCAGGAAACGAUAGAGUGGAAAGACAAAAAGAUAGGGGCAUUAGAGAGGCAGAAAGAGUUCUUUGAUUCCAUAAGGAGUGAACGAGAUGAUCUUAGAGAAGAAGUAGUCAUGCUGAAAGAGGAAUUGAAGAAACAUGGAAUAAUACUAAAUUCAGAAAUAGCUACCAAUGGAGAGACUUCGGAUGCUCUAAAUAAUGUUGGCUACCAAGGUUCUCCGAAGAUGACAAAGGAAGAGUUAAAUGCUCUCAAGGCGACAGGGGAUGGGACGCUAGAUAUUAGGUUGAAAAAGCUUAUCGAUGAACGGGAAUGCUUAUUGGAACAGAUUAAGAAACUCAAAGGGCAGCUGGAAGAGAGACAGAAGAGCAUCAGACUAGACAAUCUGCGCCCUGAAGAUGUUGUCUUAGAAAAUGGGACGGACAUGCACGUGAUGGACCUACAAAGGGAUGCCAACAGACAGAUCAGCGACCUCAAAUUUAAACUUGCAAAAUCUGAGCAAGAGAUAACUGCAUUAGAACAAAAUGUAAUAAGGUUAGAAAGUCAAGUAUCACGUUAUAAAUUGGCUGCUGAAAAUGCUGAAAAAAUAGAAGAUGAACUUAAGGCUGAAAAACGGAAACUUCAAAGAGAGCUUCGCUCAGCGUUGGACAAGACAGAAGAGCUCGAGGUGAGCAACGGCCACUUAGUGAAGCGUCUGGAAAAAAUGAAAGCAAAUAGAAGUGUGCUCUUGUCCCAGCAGUAAACGCCAGUUAUGAACUGGAAACAGAUGGGUGAAUGGGGAGCAUUGUUCUGUAGGCUUUUCUGUUGCUGUCUGAGAGCGCUGCUGCUUGCCCUGCUUCUGAGGAAACACCCCCGGGGAGCACCCGGCUCUUCCGUGCCCCCCCAAGCAGGCAGGAUCACGUCAGAAGCCCCAGCAGCCACCGGAUGCCUCUGUCUGCAGACUUCGACCCGGGCUGGGGCGGCUGCCCCCAACCCGCAGGCCAUUCGAUAAGCACACUGGGCAGUGGGAGCUGUGUUCCCAGCAGGGAGGCAGCCUCUUAAUGCCGUAAACGUGGUGAUCAAAGAUUCAAGUGGGACUUGAGUUUUCUUUUCCUGUGUCUUGCUGAAAAUUAAGGGGAAAUGUUACAGUGUUGGGACUUCCUUUCAUGGCAGAAUCUACAAUUUGAGCGCCUUCAGUAGUAUCUCUUUAGUCUACGCUUUUCAUACACAAAAAACACUGUGGAACCACAAGCCAUUACCAAGCAAAACUCUAUCACUAGAAACAAGGGGAUGGUCUAGAAGUAAAAGUGACCUUAAGAAGACUCUUUACAGGCAACAAUGAAGCUUUUCUAAGGGAUUUUUGCAUCAGUUCAAUCAAAAGAAUACUUUUUUUCCAGGGUAAUUAGGCAACAGCUUCUCUGAAAAUGACAGCUUUUCAUUCGCAUUAUUGAAUCCUUAUAUUUGGGAUUGAAGUUGUUAACUUCUUUUAAAGAAUGUACUAUUAGAAAAAUUAAAAAAUGAAAUGUUGAAAGAC